AUGUCAGCACCGGACUGGAGGAAUCACUUGAGCACAUUCGGAUAUGCAGUCAUUCCUGGCGCAGUGACCCCCGAGGCAUGCAAGGAGUUUCAAUCUGAGAUUGUAGAUUGGAUGGAGGCUUCAGGGGUAGGAGCAGGAGCAGGAGCAGGAGCAGGAGCAGGAGCAGGAGCAGGAGCAGGAGCAGGCCCAGAUGGCCAGUAUCAUCCUAGCGACACGCUUGGGCGUCGCAGGCGAGAUUUAGGAAAUGGUAGUAUGGGUGGACCGUCUAGACUUCAGGGAAUAGAACAUGAGGACUUUAUCUGGCGAGUCAGGGUUCAACAAGGGAUCAGAGAUGCUUUCGCUCAGAUCUGGGGAACGGAUGAAUUGGUAGCUUCGUUUGAUACUCUGGAGAUAUCUCUACCACCUGGAGAGGAUUUCGAAACGUCUCCAAUGUCUCCGGUCUCACCUAUCGAGAUGGAAUCGACUCCGUCACAAGGAACAAGCAGCACCGACCACCACUCAGCUCAUAUCGACUCUAUCCCUAUGAUUCAUGGCCUGGCGAUGUUAUCUGGUACCGGUGAAUCCUAUGAUGGAGGACUUGUGUUCUGGAGAGAUCCAUUCCGUCGUCGAUCGUGUUCCUGCGGCAGUACCGGCCAGAGUGUGAUCUCACAUUUGCCGCGGGAAGAUGAGGAAGAGCAUCUCGAUACGACUUUCAGCGGAGAACAUGGCCUGGUACAGGGAGCGAGCAUUGUUCGGAUCAAUGCGAAAGCUGGAGAUUUGGUCGUCUGGGACUCUCGAAGUGUCCAUUGGAGCUUUGCACCCACCAAAGAAGGCGGUGGACACUAUGCACAGCCCGUCACCUACGUGCCGCGAUACUUCUUAUCCGAAGAUGACCGAUUGAUAAAGGUGGAAUGUUUCAAGCGGCGGAUAAAGACGGGCAAUAUGCCGCACGCCGUACCUCAAUUCAUCGAUCGAAGGCAACAUGUACCUAAAUUAUGGCGAGAACCGGUGGAAACGCCUCAAUUAUUACGAGCUGUGGGAGCAAAGUUUUGGAGGUGA